CACAUAUCCAUGAAAACAGCGAAACGCCCACAUUCCCAGUUAAUGUAUAGAAAGAAAUACACCGGCAGGAGAAGCUUGGAUCCACAGCGGCUCUGGUUAUUGGUAGAGACAUGCUAGAUCUGAAUAAUGUCACCUUUGUCUUGGUGGGACUUGUCACUUUCUUCUUAGUCUUGUAUUACAGCAAGUAUGCAUGGAGGAGAAGGAACAUGCCACCAGGUCCCUUUCCUCUGCCCAUUCUGGGGAACUUUCUCCAACUUCAAUCCAAAGGUCUACUGCCAAGCUUAGUAAAGAUGGGAGAUAAGUAUGGUCCUAUCUACACCAUUCACUUUGGCAGCAGACCCACGGUCAUUGUGGUUGGAUACCAAGCGGUCAAAGAGGUCCUGCUGGACCUUGGCGAUGUUUUCCUAAGAAGAGGAACUAUUCCUGUAUUUGAGAGGUUUUACAACAAAAGCGGAUUGACUCUUGUCAAUGGAGAGCUAUGGAAGCAACUUAGACAGUUUUCCCUACUGACUCUCAAGGACUUUGGAAUGGGCAAAAAAAUAUUAGAAGAGCCUAUUCAGGCAGAGGCACAACACUUAGUAGAUUAUUUCAGAAGUACUAACAGGCAGCCUUUUAACCCCAGCACUGUACUCAGUUGUGCGUCUUCAAAUAUCAUUGCUGAUCUGGUGCUCGGAAGACGUUUUGAGUACACUGAUGAAAAGUGGAUGAAGAUUCUGCAUGACAUGAGGGAAUCGUUUGAAAAAAUUUCUUCCGUAUGGGGCCAGUUGUAUGACAUGUAUCCGAGUAUCAUGACAUAUAUACCUGGACCACACCAAAGAAUCUUUCCACUUUUAAAAGAUCUACAAGAAAUGGUGAGGGAAAGCAUCAAGAGCCAUAAAGAGACUCUGGAUCCAGCCUGCCCCCGAGAUUACAUUGACUGUUUCCUCAUCAGGAUGGAGCAAGAAAAACUGGAAUCUGAUACGUGUUUUCAUUAUAAGCACUUACUGGCCACAGCGUUUGACAUGUUCCUUGGAGGAGCAGAGACCACAUCGGUUACAACGAGUUUUGGAGUCUUGUAUUUUAUAAAGUAUCCAGAGAUACAAGAUAAACUUCAUGAGGAGAUUGACAAGGUCAUUGGUCGAACACGGGACCCAAGGGUGGAAGAUAGGAAUCAAAUGCCGUAUAUGAAUGCUAUUAUACAUGAGGUUCAAAGAAUUAGUGAUGUAUUACCUAUGGGGUGUAUUAGAUCGGCCGUGGACAAUGUGACCCUCCGUGGAUAUCACCUUCCCAAGGGUACAGACAUUCUACCGGUCCUGACCACUGUUUUGCAUGACCCAUCACAGUUUGAAACUCCAGGAAAAUUUAAUGUCAAUCACUUUUUGGAUGAGAAUGGGAAAUUUAAGAAAAAUAAUGGUUUCAUGCCAUUUGCUGCAGGAAAAAGAUUAUGCAUUGGAGAAAGCUUGGUACGCACGGAGCUUUUCCUCUUCUUCACCACCCUUCUGCAAAAAUUCACACUUAAGUCUGCCGUGGACCCCAAAAAUCUUGACAUCACUCCAACAGAGACUGGUUUAGAAAACAUCCCGCCAAACUACAAGGUCAUCUUUCUUCCCCGAGAGCUCAGGAUGGAGCUUCUCACUUUGUUCCUGGUAUUCUUGGUCUCUGGCAUUCUGUGUCUUUACACAUGGAAUCACAUGUACAAGAAAAGCAACUUACCUCCUGGACCUACCCCACUGCCUUUUUUUGGGAAUCUUCUUCAACUUAAACCAGGGAAACUGCUGGAUUCCAUGAAGGAGAUCAAAGAGAAGUAUGGUGAUGUAUAUACCAUAUAUCUUGGUCCACGGAGAGUCAUUGUCCUGUGUGGCUAUGAUGCUGUAAAAGAAGCUCUAGUUGACCAAAGUGAUGUGUUUGGAAUGAGAGGUCUAACGCCAUCUAUAGAGCAAUAUUUCAAAGGUCAUGGCCUAAUAUUCAGUAAUGGUGAGCGUUGGAAGCAGCUCCGUCGUUUCACGACUCAGACCCUGAGAUCUUUUGGCGUGGGUAAAAGAAGCAUUGAGGAACGAAUUCAAGAGGAAGCUCAAAGUCUGGUGGAGGCCCUAAAGACAACCCAGGGUGUGCCCUUCAAUCCCACAAUAUACUGCAGCCAGUUGUCUGCUAAUAUCAUGUGCUCCAUAAUGUUUGGCGACAGAUACAGUUAUGAAGACCCUAAUUUCCAAAGGAUGCUUCAAAUUGUGUAUAACAUUUUUGAAGCCAUGUCCUCUUUCUGGGGUCAGCUCUAUGAUAUAUAUGAUGUACUGAUGAGAUAUGUGCCAGGACCUCAUCAUAGGGCAUACAGGUGUAUUCUGCAGCUGGAGCAGUUUGUGAAAGAGAAAAUAGAAAGCAGCAAAGACACCCUGAAUACAAGCAGUUCGCGUCACCUGAUAGACAGUUUUCUUAUCCAGAUGGAAAAGGAGAAGCAUAAUCCAUCCACACAUUUCACAGAGAAGAAUUUUUAUGGAACUGCUUUAACUUUAUUUGUGGCCGGGACUGAGACAGUGAGCACCACCUUGAGACAUGGAUUCCUGCUUCUUCUCAAAUACCCAGAUGUUAAACUUAAGGUACAAGAGGAAAUUGAUCAAGUGAUUGGAAGUUUGCGUGUCCCAGUAACCCAAGACAGGGAGUCUAUGCCUUAUACCGAUGCCGUCAUUCAUGAAAUUCAGAGAUAUGCUGAUGUGCUGCCCAUGAACCUGCCACAUGAGGUCUCCAGGACUACUCAGUUCCGUGGAUUUACUAUUCCCAAGGGUACAGAUGUAUUUGUCCCCCUGUCCUUCAUUCUACAUGAUCCAAAGUACUUUUCUGAUCCAUUCACUUUUACUCCAGAGCGGUUCUUAGAUGAAAAUGGGAGCUUUAAAAAGAAUGAGGCCUUCUUAGCAUUUUCUGCAGGGAAGCGAAUGUGCUUAGGUGAAGGACUGGCCCGUCAGGAACUUUUUCUCACUCUCACCACACUACUGCAGAACUUUGAUAUUACUUCACCUGUAGACCUCAAAGAGUUGGACAUCACACCACAGAUGAUUGGGUUUUCCAAUUUUCCAAAACCUUUCAAGAUAGGCUUUAUCCCACGCAGAUUCUGAGAGGCAUUUGUGGAAUAAAAAAGUCACCCUGGAUAUAAUAAACUGAGACAAUUAAAUAUUAGAACUUCAUAAGAAAUAUACGAUCAUGUGUACGGGGAAUUAGGUGUAAAGGGGUUAAAUUCACCAAAGGUACAACUACGCCUACAUUUUCAUUUUUUGCGGAAAUAAGUUAUUACUUUCUGAUGCAUUUUCCGUGCUGCUCACAAUCUUGAGAACUGUCCGAUUUUGCCAGCUACAGAUCACAGGUGGUGGACCUAUCACCAAAUUUUCCUACAUCAGACAGGAUCUGGUGGCCCUGGAAUCAAAUCAUGCUUUCAGUUGCUGAUACACAAUAAAUUACAAGGGGAACUUACUAACUGCAGAUAUCACUGGAUGAAUCUAUGUUACCAAAAACAAAAUGUACAGCUUAGAUCUUUCAGUAAUUAAAGUGUUACCUGGCAAACGGAGGCCUAAUUUAGGUCCUUGCCAAAAGAAUCAGAAAGCAUGAUCAUAUGAUCAAAUCUUGUAAUAAAUCUCAACCUCUUAUAAACA